UUGGCCCCAGAGACUCGCCGUCGGCCGGUUGCGGCGUUCGCGGGUUGAGACGAUGGCGACUGGGACGCCGGAUUCGCAAGCACGAUUUGGUCAGUCAGUGAAGGGGCUUCUCACCGAGAAGGUGAACACCUGCGGGACCGACGUGAUCGCGCUCACCAAGCAGGUGCUGAAAGGCUCGCGGAGCUCGGAGCUGCUGGGUCAGGCAGCUCGAAAUAUGGUUCUACAGGAAGAUGCCAUCUUGCACUCAGAAGAUAGUUUAAGGAAAAUGGCAAUAAUAACAACUCAUCUUCAGUACCAACAAGAAGCUAUUCAGAAGAAUGUUGAACAGUCACCUGACCUGCAGGACCAGUUGAGUCAUUUACUGAAGUAGCACGCUAGAACAGGAAUUGGCUUCUUUGCCUGAUGCUGAGGAGGACCUCCCUUACAUAGUCAUCACGCUGUGUGCUUGGUUUCCAUUUUCAUCUCCAAAAAUUCAUCUAGAAGCGACUUGUGAAGAGGAGCCAGGUGACUGAACUUGGAAUCACUUUUUUUGGUUUUUUGAGACAGGGUUUCUCUGUGUAACCUGCCUUUUCUGGAACUCACUUUGUAGGCCAUGCUGGUCUGGAACUCAGAGAUUCGUCGGCCUCUGCCUCCCAAGUGCUGGGAUUAAAGGCAUCACUUGGAAUCACUUCUUAAAUUGGAUUAACCCAUACUCUUAUCUUAAGUUGUGUUUAAUUUCAUAUUAAAAUAGAAUUAAUAAGUUCAGUCAUUAGCACUGAAAAUAAAAGACACCUUAGCUUGCUAAGCACUGUAUGCUGUAUUGUCUAAUGUGAUCCUUGGUCCUUAAGCACAUCACUGUGCCAUAAUUUUUCUUUGCUUUGUUUUUGGAGGCAGAGUGUCCCUGUGUAGCCUGCUGGCUUUGAACACACAAUCCUGCUGCUGGCUUUGAACUCACAAUCCUGCUGCCGGCUUUGAACACAAUCCUGCUGUUGCUUUUCAAAUGCUGGGAUUACAAAUACCACAUCUGGCCACUGAAUAAUAGUCAGUCAGUCUCAGAUACUUGGGAGGCGGAGGCGGGGUUGGGGGUGAGGAGAUGGGAGCACUUGAGUCCAGGAAGUCCAGGCCAUCCAGGGCAAUACAGUCUUUCUGUCUCUAAGGAGAAGAGACGAGGGAGGGGCUUCUUUUGCGAACAUGUGAGAAUGAUUCAUACUUUAAGAUGUUUAAUCGUUCAUUCAAGAAAUUUUCUUUAAGGGACACAGACAUGGAUAAUGGCAGACUCUUGGAUGACAAUCAGGCCAAUGACAGCCUCUCUGGCCAGCUGCAGCCCUUUGCCUUGGCCUUUGUUCCUGGCUUCUUUCUUUCUGUGACUCUUGAUUACGUGACCUUGGUUCAUUUUUUAAUUUUAUAGCCACCCCAUUCCCUUCACAUUUGGAGUAACCUACGCAAGUAGAUCUUCUGAUAAUUAGGUAAAGUUACAAAAUGAACUACAUGGAGAAACCCAGUCUCAAACAAAACAAAAAGUCUAAAAAUAUAUAAAGCCAGUAAGUAAUUGUUACAGAUUAGUUUGUUAAAGUGUCACCUCAACCACUGAAGUACAAAUUAAUAAAUAUGUCACCGACUAUGACAUGUAUAAAAUGAAUUAGAUUUGAAAAGAGUUCUCUCUCAGCUUAAUACUAAAAUUUUAGUCAAUGUAAAAAUGUCUGACUCCUUAUAAAGAUAUGAAAUACAUAACUAGUAUUUGAAAGAAUGUAUCCAGAUCAGUUAUGAGAAAUAAUCCACAGUGCUAAAGAAGCAGCAGUUAAAAUGGCAUUUGCUUGUGGUACCAUUUCUAUGACUUCCACAAACUCUCAAAGAACAGACCCUUUUCCUAUAUUCCCAGCAUAUAAAACAUGACCAUUAGAAGCUGGUGAGAUGGCUCAGAAGUUAGGAACACUCGCUACUUUUGCAGAGGGCCCAGGUUCAGUUCCCAGCACCUAUUUCAGACAGGUCACAACUGUCUAUAACUAUAGCCCCAAGGGCUCUAAUGUCCUCUUCUGGGCUCCACAAACAUCUGCAUUCACAUAUAUGUGCUUGAACAUGCAUAU